GUCAGGAUUCGGUUCGUGUUCGGAUAUUCCGAGCUCAGGGUUCAUUAUGUCAGAAGAAGCAAUGGGUGAGGCGGUAUUUAUAUGGUGUGAAGAUUGUGGACAAUACCACGACUCUGAAUGUCCUGAGUUGGGGCCAGUGGUGACCGUCCAAGACUCAUUUGUGUUAAGCAGAGCCAGAUCGUCCCUUCCUACAAAUCUUGAGAUCAAGCAGUUGGAGGAUGGCUCAGAAGGUGUUUUUGCUGUAAUGCAGCUCGUAAAACGCACUCAGUUUGGCCCAUUUGAAUCAAAGAGAGUUGCGAAACUAGACAAAGAACCAGCAUUUUUGUUGAAGGUUUUCCAUAAAGACGGUGUGGUGAUGUUCUUUGACACGUCUAAUGAGGAGGAGUGUAAUUGGAUGAUGUUGGUGAGACCAGCCAAGGAUUACAGUCACCAAAACCUGACUGCCUUACAGUAUGGCAACGACAUAUAUUUUACUACAUCUCGGGACAUAGAACCGGGCACUGAGCUGAGAGUGUGGUAUGCAGCUUUCUACGCUAGGAAGAUGGAAACACCGUUGCUAAAACCACCUUUACCUUGUCACAGUGAGGUAACCUUUUUAGCAGUAGAGCCUCAGAAAGAUGUCAGCGCAAGUUCUUCCAAAUCAUCCCAUGUAGCUGCAUUAGCUUCUAGCAAAGUGACAAUCCGUUCUCCUGCCGCUUACACCUCAGUCUCUUGUCAGGACAACACUGACAUCAUACACGUAGAAACCUGCGAAUGGACCUGUAAAGUGUGCAGCGCCACCUUCAUCGAACCCAAUCUGCUGACAGAACAUUUGCUCAGCCACUUGGAACAAGCUAAAGGGAUGCCCCCUACAAGUCACUGUGACGGAACAUAUUUUGAUGGAGAUAUUGUAAAUGUGGCCUCAGAGCAGGCUGUGAUCAGCACAGAGCCCAACGUCAACCUACAUCUGAAAAAGAAACCAAGGCGAGGGCGUAAAACGAAAGCUCCAAAAGGAGAUAUACCUCUAGUGAUUGUUGAAGACGAUAGCCCAUCAGAACACAAUUCUAUUCUGUACAAUCCAGUCUUCUCAUCAGAGCGAGUGGCUGAAAUUAUCACAGAGAUCCCCCCAGAUGAUGUCCCCCUGUCCAAUGAUCCAGAGGACAAAUUUGUGGAACUCAUGUUGGGGAAGCUCCCUAAUACCAGUAACAGCUUGACAUCUGUGACCAAAUUCGCUUUUCACCAGGGUAAUAACUCUCUGAAGAGAAGUUUGCUCCUUCCGGGUAGCCGACCUGGGAUGAGAAGAAAGUUUGUCCGUCAGCUGGGAGAACACAAGCGCAUCUUUCAGUGCAACAUCUGCGCCAAGAUUUUCAGGAACAGUAGCAACCUCAGCAGGCACGUCCGAUCCCAUGGUGACAAGCUCUUUAAGUGUGACGAAUGUUCAAAACUUUUCAGCCGAAAAGAGAGUCUUAAGCAGCACGUCUCAUACAAGCACAGCAGGAAUGAGGUUGAUGGUGACUUCAGGUAUCGAUGUGCCACGUGUGAGAAAUCCUUUAGGAUAGAGGGCUUCCUGGAGUUUCACAACUGCAGAACAGAUGACAAGUCAUUCCAGUGUGAAAUGUGUUACCGAUUCUUUUCAACCAACAGCAACCUUUCCAAGCAUAAGAAAAAGCACGGAGAAAAGAAGUUCGCUUGUGAGAUCUGCAACAAACUCUUCUACAGACGAGACGUUAUGUUGGAGCAUCAUCGGCGCCACUUGGAAGGGGUGAGACGUGUAAAACGGGAAGCGAUCCACCAGAAUGCUGAUAAUGCAAUAAAAUAUAAGAAGGAGCCCUCCGCCUGUCCUGUGUGUGGCAAGAUGUUUUCCUGCAGAAGUAACAUGAACAAGCAUCUGCUUACACACGGAGACAAGAAAUAUACCUGUGAGAUUUGUGGUCGUAAAUUCUACAGGGUAGACGUUCUAAGGGACCAUAUCCACAUACAUUUUAAGGACAUUGCUUUAAUGAAUGAACAGCAGCGAGAAGAAUUCAUCGGAAAAAUUGGCAUCUCUUCUGAGGACAAUGACGAUAACUCCGAUGGAAGCUGUGAUUCUGAGCCUCACAAGUACAGCUGCAAGAGGUGCCAGAUCUCGUUUGCCCGUGGUAAGGAGUACCUGAAGCACAUUAUGGACGUGCAUGCUGAGAAUGGUUAUGGCUGCAGCAUCUGUCACCGUCGAUUUGCACUUAAGGCAACUUACCACGCUCACAUGGUCAUCCACCGAGAAAACCUGCCUGAUCCUGAGGUGCAGAAGUAUAUUCAUCCAUGUGAGGUCUGUGGCAGGAUCUUUAAUAGCAUAGGAAACCUAGAGCGGCAUAAGCUCAUUCACUCAGGGGUGAAAAGCCACGGCUGUGAUCAGUGCGGGAAGUCGUUUGCACGGAAGGACAUGCUGAAAGAGCACAUGAGAGUGCAUGACAACAUCAGAGAGUAUUUAUGUGCUGAAUGUGGUAAAGGGAUGAAAACGAAGCACGCCCUCAGGCACCAUAUGAAGCUGCACAAAGGCAUAAAAGAGUACGAAUGUACUGAAUGUCACCGCAAGUUUGCUCAGAAAGUCAACAUGCUGAAACACUACAAGCGACACACAGGGAUCAAGGACUUUAUGUGUGAACUUUGCGGGAAGACAUUCAGCGAGAAAAAUACAAUGGAGACCCACAAACUGGUUCACACUGUGGGGAAGCAGUGGACGUGCUCAGUGUGUGACAAGAAGUACGUCACGGAAUACAUGCUCCAGAAACACGUCCAGCUCACGCACGACAAGGUGGAAGCUCAGAGCUGCCAUCUGUGUGGGACUAAAGUGUCAACAAGAGCGUCGAUGAGCCGGCACUUGAGGCGCAAACACCCAGAGGUCCUUUCUGUGCGGAUUGAAGAUUUACAUGACCUGCAAGGAUCUUCAGCUAUUGAUGCAACAUCAAUAAGCAUCGUACAGUCAGAAGUAGACGUGGAAGAAGAUGACGGAUUACAGCGAAAGCGUCUGCGAGUUAGCACACCCCAUGCUGAAAAAGCCAAGAGCAAUGCACAGGAAGGGUCUGCGCAAGAGGACGUCUCCUACACACAAUACCACGAGAAAGAAGCUGAAUUCACACGCAGUACAGGGGAUGAGGCCGGCUCUGCUGUGGAGACUCUACAGCAGGUUGUGGUCACUAUUAGUGACAGCAGUGCGCCGGCUCCGUCUUGUACAGUGGGACUAACAAAUAUCACAGUCACCCCUAUUACCACCACAGCAGGUACGCAGUUUGCCAGCUUACAGCCGGUAGCCGUAGGUCACUUGGCCACCUCUGAGCGACAAUUACAGUUGGACAACUCCAUCCUUACAGUGACGUUUGACACAGUCAGUGGCAGUGCUGUGCUACACAACAGACCCGCUGAGCUGGCUAUUACAUCCUCACAGGAGACAUCUGGGCCGCAGCCUGUGGCACACUUCAUUAAUCUCACCACCUUUGUCAACUCCAUCGCCCCUUUGGGUGGCCAGAUUGCAACGGAAGGACCACUUACAUGGCGAGCUGUACCCGCUAGCGAAACACCACCUCCUACAGAGGAAGAGCAGCCGCCAGAGCACACUGACCAGGAGCAGCGGUCAUCACCAGCACAGACUGUGCAGCCCGCACAAACAGACUCUGGAGAACAGAUGUACAGUUACUAAGUUAUUGUGCAGAGAAGCAAUGGCACAAAAUAUUAAUGUAUGAAAUAUUAAGUUAUUAUUUUACUAUACAAAACUUCAUUUCCCAUGGAAUAUGAUUAUUGCUCUUUAUUGUAUAUAUCUCUGUUUAUUUGGCGUCUCUGAUUGCAAGGUGCUGGGAAUGAUACCAAGAAAGGAAAAAUCCAGGCUGUAAUAUCUUUAUGGAAAACUAGAAAAAUAUUUAAGAUACUGUAACUUUUAAGGACUUGGGGGAAAAAGUUAUUUUAGUAGCAAAUUGUUAUGAAAUAAAAACAAGAUACAGUCUGA